UGCUUCCGCAUUCACUGCCUGUCAAUCUGGAAAGUUGGCACAUAAAGAGAUUGAACCACAGUCUCACCGACACUCACCUUCACCACACGCACACAAUCUCAGCUCACUGCACCAAAGUCAUGGAGUCAUUUCAGGGACCUUUCGUCGAGGGGGGGGUGAAGAUCAGCCACGCGUUCCUGGACGGGGAGCACCGCUACACGGUGAAGGGGGUCCGCACACACAGCGGGCGGGGGCCAGCGUUCGCCAGGAAGGGAGACAUGCUGACCUGCAUCAACGGCAAUAGCCUGGCGGAUAUCCCCCCUGACGAGCUGGCACACCUGCUGACCGAGGGGAACCCCAAGUUGACGGUGCACACGGCCACCAGGAAGAAGGAGGCUUCUGAACACUGCCCCCUGGAAAAGGAUGCCCUCCAUCCCUUCAAGAAGGAGUCCGGUGUGCUCUGCUUCUCCAUGGAGAUGAGGAGAGAGGAGGACCUGGGGAAGGGAGAAUGCGGCAUUGGGGGUGGGGGGGGGAGUGGGGAGGAGGCAGAAGAGGGAGGGCGGGGGGAGGGCCCAGCGGAGGAGGCGAACGGGGAAGGGGAGGGAGAGGGGCGUGGGGUGCUGGUGGUGAAGCUGACAAACGCGAGCCUCUCUGUGGUGAAGGGGCGUGGCUGUGCUGCUGGUUGCCCCGUCCUCGAGUGCCAGGGAACAGGAUGCACGUUCAACGAGGUGGUGUUGGUGGCGAACUCAUGCACGGUGACCAGCGGCAACACGGCCAUGUUCAUGCAGGACAAAGUGCAGGGAAAUAUCAAUCUUGAGAAUAUCCAUUCCAGGACCUACCUCCGGGAUCUCUGCGAGGACAACAUGCUCUAUGCGUCUAAUAAUCCAACGGAAAUGACCAUAUACUCCUACAAGACAACCGUCACGAACGAGACCUUCAGAGGCGUGCCGGUGGUGCUGAACUUCACCAAAUCCGAGAGCUUCCUCAAAUGCACCAAAAAGGACAAUGGGGCGAUCCUACGGGUGGAGGCCUGUGACAAGCAACGUCUGAGGCUGAUCUGCAAGCAGGAUGAGUCAGUCCUCGCCUUCCUCUUCUACAUGAAGGGGACGAUGAGCGGAGAGCACCAGUUUGAGUCUGCGCUGUGCGAGGGCUGGUUCAUUCAAGUCCUGGACAAGGAGAAAGUGGUGGUGGCCAAUCCGCCAGUGCCCAACAAUGAACCGUCUUUCUACUUUGUCAUUGAGAAGUAGAGAGGCGAACCCAAUUGGUUGGGGAUUCAUCAGGGAUGAAUACCACUGCUGCCCGCUUGCGACAUCUCACGCUUACUUGUGGCCAAAUAGGGUUGCUCUGUGAGUAACCGAUGGAUCAGUGUUCAGCCUGUGUACGCAACACCUCGUGUAGACACGUACCUACGCACACACACACACACACGCACGCACGCACGCACGCACGCACGCACGCACGCACGCACGCACGCACGCACGCACGCACGCACGCACACACACACACACACACACACACACACACACACACACACACACGUAAACUCAUACACAGAUGUACAUAUAUGCUGUUUGAUCCCUGAUAAAAUACAAUUGAUCCUCUCACUGAUAUAUAGAUCAGAAAACAAAAAACACUUUUCAAAUGUUCUUUUCUCUUUUGAGGCCUUUAUUCAAAUCCCUCAUUUUUAAUUGUUCUUGUUAUUUUCCUUAUUUUUCCUGUUCUCAUACUAAAUUGUUAUUAGAAAACAGAAAUAGGAGCCUGUUCAAAAACGUUCAUAUUUACAUCGCCCACUUUCAAACAUUGACUGUAUAAAUGACAAAAAAAAAAAAAAAUGCAAGCAGUCAUUGUUAAUAAACAUUAAAAAGUGAAGCACAAAAUAAAUAUAUAUACUAGUUUUUUAUUUGGUCAAGGGAAGAUAUCUUUGUUGUCACAAUUUACGUGUAAUUGGCUUAGUUGUAAGAGCCAAUGAGGACCUAUUUUAUUAAUAAUAAUUUAGUGAAAAACUGUUAAAAAUGUUAUUGAGAAUGUCAUUAUAAUUCAUUACCUGUAUCUUACUCUCAAAUGCAUACAUACUACAUCA